AAUACUUAAUCCUUACCCAAAGAAACCCGACAACAAGUAGCGACAAUUCGUCUACCAUUUUCUAACGCAAUUAGAUCAUUUCCCUAAUCCUAUACUUAGGAGAGAGAAAAUCCUGGGAAUUCGGCAAUUUCUUCUGCACUUUCCGAUCUCCAUUUCCUACAACAGUCAGCUAAUAGCCUAAUACAAAUACCCACAAUUUUGAAAGAGAUGUUUUGAAUUUUGAUGGGGUUUAAUUUUGUUGUUAUUACUUUUUAAGGCCAUAAUUGUUGAGGAGUAAUUUAGGGUUUGUUUGGAAUUUCUGGGUUUUCAUUUUGAUGGAGUUUUCAUGGCUGAAUUGUUUUCGAAUUACCCUUCUUUUGCUCCUCAUCGUCGCCAUUGCUACAGCUUGUUUCACGCUUCCCAUUGAAAAGAUAUUAAGAAACUUUCUCUUGUGGGUGGAUCAAAACCUUGGAAAUUGGGGGCCUCUAGUUUUGGCUGUUGCAUACAUCCCUCUGACUAUUUUGGCAGUUCCAGCUUCAGUGCUCACGCUUGGUGGUGGCUAUCUUUAUGGGUUGCUUCUGGGUUUUGUUGCUGAUUCUGUAGGUGCUACAUUGGGGGCAACUGCUGCUUUUCUUUUGGGAAGAACUAUUGGAAGGUCAUUUGUUAUUUCUAAAAUUAAGGAUUACCCUAAGUUUCGGGCUGUUGCUAUUGCUAUACAAAGAUCUGGUUUUAAGAUUGUCUUACUUCUCCGGCUUGUUCCCUUACUUCCAUUUAAUAUGUUGAACUACCUCCUGUCUGUAACUCCUGUUCCCCUGUGGGAAUAUGUCCUGGCCUCUUGGUUAGGGAUGCUGCCUAUAACACUUGCAUUGGUGUAUGCUGGAACAACUCUCAAGGAUCUUUCAGAUAUCACACAUGGAUGGCAUGAGUUCUCUCCCUCCCGUUGGGUAUUUCUUGUAUCAAGUAUUGUGGUUUCAGUGAUAUUGAUGGUUUGUGUAACUAAAGUGGCAAAGACUGCUUUAGAAAAUGCAUUGGCUGAAAAUGAUAAUGAAGAUACCCUGUCCUGCUCCGAACUGCCUAUCUCGGGUGAUCUGGUUGGGAAUCUUCAACAGCCUCUCAUUGUUAGGAUGGAUUCGUCCCAGGAUAGCCAGCAGAACUGAAAAUCGCAACAUGCAUUUGACGUUCCUACAUUUUGUACAGCCUUAACAUUACUUUUCCCUUCGUGUAAUUGGCCAAUAGUUUCCUUUGUGUAUAGCCUUUUCACUUAUGCUGAACUGGAACUGCUAAUUUGAGAUAGUCAAGAUUGACAAGGAUUUUGCUGGAGAACUCAUGUUAGCAAUUAGCAAGAAUGAAAGAUGCUGAUGAAGAUAUUGCUGAAAGAAUUAUUUUCGUUGAGCUAGGCUACAUCUAACCAUUAGUCAACACCCUUAUAUAUUUAUAACAUCUUGCUUUUACCUCUUAUUCUACUCAUGUAAGUGAUGUAACACUUCUCUCCCUGUAAUUUUGUUAGUUGUUGACUAUUGUAAUUAACAAUUUGCUUUUUAGCGCUAUCCACACCAAAACAAAACAUAAGAAAAAGCUUAAGAGUUUUCUUUCUGUGUAA